UUUAGUCGUCCUGAGAAGCUAGGGAAAUGAAAACCAGCACGUGGGGAUAGCAAUUUGCCCUGUUUUGCUUUUACUGUAGGGUAGUAUAGUGCCUUUUCUCACCGUGCCUUGUCAGGGAUUACUCCAUAUAAUCCUCUGAAGGUGACCGUUACCUCCGAUCUGGCCGGUGAGCUGGUUUAACUGCGUAAUUAUGGCGGACAACGGUGACGAUGAUUCGCAGUACAGAAUCAAAGAGGGUGACUACGUUGUGUUGAAACGAGGAGAUAUAUUCAAAGCUGUGCAAAUUCAACCGAAGAAGAAGGUGAUUUUUGAGAAGCAGUGGUUCUUCCUGGAUAAAUCUGUGGGACAGUUGUAUAGCACCACAUUUGAAAUUGUGUCUGGAGGGAUCCUGCAGCCACAAAAGCCAAAAGACGUGGAGAGCUCCACUGAUGCAAAGGAGGCAGGCACAGACAACAGAAACAUUGUAGAUGAUGGAAAAUCACAGAAGCUGACCAGGGAUGACAUUGAGAUGCUCAAAGAGCAAGGUCUGAAGGGUCAGGAAAUAAUUCAGCAGCUUAUAGAGAACAGCUCAACAUUCAGAGAUAAGACUGAAUAUGCCCAGGAUAAGUACAUCAAGAAGAAAAAGAAAAAGUAUGAAAACACUGUUACGAUUCUAAAACCAUCCUGUCGCAUCCUGGCUAUGAUGUACCAUGGCCGGGAACCAGGGAAGAUCCUCCACCUACGGUAUGACACACUUGCCCAGAUGUUGACUCUGGCAAACAUCCACGCUGGCAGUAAAGUUCUGGUGUUUGAGACUUGCGCUGGCCUGGUGCUGGGAUCCGUCAUGGAAAGAAUGGGGGGCUAUGGCUCCGUGAUCCAAAUGUACCCUGGAGGUGGGCCUGUUCGGGCGGGUGUGGAGAACUUUGGCUUCCCUGCACAUUUUCAUGAUAUGCUGCAUGAGUUUCCCAUCUGCCAUGUCAAUGCUCUGCUGGCAGGUACUCUGGACACCACUGCCAAAGAUCCCAGUGCUGAUUUAAGGCAGUCCAACCUGGCUGCAGAGGAGAAGCAAAACCAGCCUAAGGCAGAACAGCAGGGCGGUCCAGAGGAACAGAGCAUGGAUACGAGCAGUGGCGCUGAUGGUGGCCAUGACCAGGAGAAAGAAGAGAUGGAGAAACGCAAAGAAGCAAAAGCUCAGGAAAAAAAGGUGAAGCUGGAGGAGAAACGGAAGAAGCUGGCAGCUGCUGCUGCCCUGCUGGAAGGCAGGAAUGCAGAUGGGUUGGUUAUAGCCAGUCGGUUUCACUCAUGUCCAGUCCUGAUGGGCCUGCUGAAAUUCCUCUCCCCCUCCAGGCCUUUUGUGGUGUACUCCCAAUACAAAGAGACUCUUAUCGAAUGCUACACAAAACUCAAGGAACAAGGCGGUACGGUCAACCUCAGGCUCACAGACACCUGGCUCAGACAUUACCAGGUGCUGCCUAACAGGACACAUCCUGUGCUACUGAUGAGCGGGGGCGGGGGCUACCUCCUCUCCGGAACAACGGUUGCCACGGACCGCUCGAAACCUGCAGGCGCUCAGCAAGCUGAGGAACCAGCACCAAAGAGACUGAAAGUGACAGACACUGAAGGAUAAACAAAUACAAAAGAAUCAAAUCUUUUAAGGGCACAUUACACAUGGCUUAUAGAGAUUUUCCUCCAGCAUUGACUUCUCUUCUGAAUCGAUUUGACACAUCCGGAAUAAGGGAGAUGGAGUGUCUGGUUUGCAUUCAUCAGAACACUAUCUCCUGUCUGGUGUAUUCAGAUCAGCGCAGAUGUAGGUGUAAUGCUGAGGAGUAAACUGUAAGUCAGUUUAGGGUGUAUGAGCUUGGUGUAUGUGAGAGUAAGUGACAGGUUUGUGUCUUAUGCCUCAAGGUGUACAAACAGUAUAAUUUUUCCAGGUUAUUUUCUCCAGCUUCUAGGUUAUAACUUGUUUUUAAUAUUUUGUUAUCCCUGCAGAUAGUGCCAUUUGUUAUUUGAUCCAAUGCUAAUACAGCUUCACUAUGGGUUACAUCUGUAUCUGCACAGAAUUAAAAAGCAGUACUAAAGAG